CGCUGGUUCAGUUUCGUCGAGCGUUUCGUGGCAGACAGACGUGGUUUAGCCUUCGUGGAGUUCGGAUGCGUUUUUUGAGGAUUACUAUCCGUUGGGAAGUUAAACCCUAGCAACACACCCUUUGUCACCAGGGGCAAAGCAAAUGCAGGUCGCUCUAAUUGAAGGAUGAUAGCUGCGUUUGGGGCUGAAAAGGAUAACUCAAGUAGCAACAAAACAUAAAAGUUACGCUAUUUGAAUGUAAAGCUCGUUUGCAUGGUCCCGGUUUCCGAUUGGAGGAGUUCUGUUGAAGCGAGCUCUACGGGCUGUGAAGAAGUUGACGAAGAAUAAACUAUCAGGCUUUCGUGCGCCUGCAGAUGACAUACGAUAGUGCAUAGCGAGCUGCAGAGAAUAAUACAUGUGACAUGUGUAUGGUGAAGAAUGGAAACAAUUGCCCGUGAGCGAGUUUGUUUUUUAUGAUUUAUGACCACUGGCUCAGGGGGCUGCAAGUGUCGUCGUCAAAUAGAAUAGUGUGGCUUGGACGGGAAUAGUUGCUAUGACUAUGGGAGGCCUGCAGUGAGUUGGCAGUCGUUGCUAUCCGGCGUUGUCUGGACCACAUUUUUGGAAUGCUGGCUAUAUGUACCUCCGUAGAUACCAACGUUGGAAAAGGUGAACGGAUAAACGGGUGAGCCUACCGGUGCUGGAUGAAGCUUUUAAAGUUAGAAUUUGUUCCACACUGUUGUUGGUGUUCCGGUGAAAACAAUCAAUGAGUGAAAUGAAUCGUUUAGUUUUCGGUGAUCAACAGGAAGCAGUGAUUUCACGGGAAUUUGCGCGUUUUCUGGCAGUGACAAACGCCCUCUAAUCAACGAGCAAAGUAAGUGCUAAUAGCAAAGCGAUAACCCGCCACUUCAGUCGGUCGGGUUUCUUUCAACUGUUUCCGGCGCGAGUUUUGUAACGUGACGACUAUCUCCGUGAACGAGGAAGCAUCCUAAUUAAUAAUGAACCGUUGGUAAACUUGACUUUGCUUGGAGUGUCGUGUUAUACUUUAACUGCUCUGCUACUCUGGCGUGAAUACAGUAGCUGCAAAGUUUAUGAGGUUCCAUCAAAUAGAUAACUGGUGGGAGGAAAACAUUGUGGAAGAUUGAAUUAUUUGUAGCUCAAACUGACACUGAGCCGAGAUUAUCAUAAAGUUGCGAAAAAAGUUAUCAGCAAAAACAAAUUUUUGGCCACAACGACGGCGUGCGAGACAGAGGAACCGAAAAAGCCGACGUCCAGAAGUUGAGUUUUAAGAGUUUCUGUCUUGAGGUGGGUGUGAACUCUCUCUAAGAAGCAGAAAAGGAGGUGUUUUUAUGCUAAUGAAGCGAGAAGAUAUAUAGUAGAUGGAUGGUGGAAGUUAAAAGCGGUCAAAAUAAAAAGGUGGUAGUGGAUGUUGAUGGAGGGAAAGUUGUGGAUGGUGUAAAGUAAGGUGACGAGCAGCCAACUGCCAGGAAGAAUUACGAGCAGAAUAAUAAUUUUGUUUUGCUUCGAAAGCCCGAACACAUUGAGCAAGCAAGAACAUCGAGAUCGACCGCAGAGCUGACGAAAAUGCCAGCGGUGGUCUGCAAGUGACGUCUGCUUUGAAAAGGACUUGAAGCGGCUUCUGGAAUUAUUAAAUCUCUGCAUCCUUGACGACAUCUUUUGCUUACUUACCAAUUCAAAAAGAGAAUAAUCGACCCUGGAACGUGGAGAAGUGUGUGCGGUUUACGAGGAAUAAUUUAUUGCUCAUUUAACGUUAGUGAAAUAUUGAAGACCGUCAACAAUUUUCAACCGUUUGUGGGACGACGUCAUAGUAUCUAGAGCGGCAGGUGAAAAUCUAAUCAACUAACUAACAAGGUGGAUUACAGACAGCAGUCAACAUUCCAACGGUUUUUGAGGAAUCCGUGAAUUAGGAGAGGAUGGCCAACCGCAGAAUGCUAACAAGUGCCUGAUAGCCGUUGUCCCAAACCAAUCACGUACGCCGGAAGACUCUCCCCUGGCUCACAGAAUUGAAUACCAAUCGACAGGCAUGGAAAUUCAUUAAUCAUUGCCGCAAAACCCCAGUUAAUCCACUGCUGGAUUAUCAUUGUUCGUCCAACUGGUGCUACGGUUUACCGCAAAGCGAAGUGGGAACAGAACUCCAGGACCUCACGCAGCUCGUCAUUAUUAAGAAGGAUUUUUCGCACAUCAGCAUUACCCUGAGGAGGAGUGAAUUAAUUCUCUAGGAAGAUGAGUUGAGCCUCCUCAGUCGAGUACAGAACAGCCUGAGUGCAAUAUCAAAUCGUGUGCCAACAAAUAUAGAGUGGGUAUUUGCUGAAAUGAGUAGCUUACCGGCAUUCAAACGAAGUAGCAGCGGAGGCAACAAGAAGUGGUGCCGCGUCCAAAGUGGCAUGAUAAAGCAAACCGUAGAGUUAACGAUAAAUUGCCGGAACGAAAACGUUUACCGAUAGAACCCAGAGUGCGAUUUUCCGGGAUAGAACCGUGCGGCUGUUGCGAAUAGUCGACUGCGUCUGACGCUGGCAUUUGAUUGUGGUUUUCCUUCCGGAUAACCGGAGCAAAUCAUCCGUGGCUAACGGUGACAAACUCACAGAUUGAAAGUAGAACCUGACUGCUGGAGGUAUUGGACGACAGGUGGAACGACGCAGGUUAGAAUAUCUGGAAGGGAAAACAUGUUAUGCCAUUAUCACCUGUUCGUAUGUUUGUCUUGCUUUGUGGCUAAUUGCUGGAGUUCUACUUCGGAGUACCUAAUCAUUCGCCAUGGCCGGUCACGGGUACGUCAUUCAAGCGAAAAGGAUCACAUCCGGUGGGGUCUGCAGGUGUUUGAUAACUUUACCCUACUGGACUAUGAUACGGUCGAUGAUUCGAACGAAACGAGCAGCACGGCCAGCCAAAACGACCUUGGAGAAUUGAGGUCCCUCCUCAAGAAAGCCGGAAAGGAAAGGAUGGGGAUGGAUCAAUUUUCGGAUAAUAGCAAUAAUUCCGAUACGCUCACGAUACAGUUCAGCGAAUCAGAAGAAUUGGAUCGAAUGAUUGAUAUCAGCGAUUUUGAUAGUAUAUCAAUCGAAUCUGGAGGUGGAACCGGUGGACGACAGCAGGCAUCCUUCAACAGCUGGAAAAACAAUCGUACCCUUAACCUUCCCUUUUCCGUUGAUUCGAUACAACGGUUCACUCCUAUGACGCCAAUUGGACAAGGGCUGGCCCCAAAGGGAGCUCAGACGAAGAAAAAGCUUAUCAAAAAAGAGAUAAUGGAAAACAUACGAAAAACGGUUGAUAAAGGAUUGGAAUAUCUUAAAUCUCACAAGAAUUUAGAUGAGGUGAAGAUAGAGCUGAAACCUUUUCGGGGACGUACAAAAGGUACAAAAAAUGGCAAUGAAAGGUUGGCACAUUCUUCCGAUCCUGACACGUUAUUUCGAAAAGUUAUUCCCAGUCACGAGCGGUCGCCAUCGAGUGAACGAAAGAAAAUCGAGCUGAAGCACGUGGAUGGCAAUCGAAAAGAUUACACACAAGUGUCGUCACCUUUUUCAAUCUCUAUCACAAGUGCGAUUGCUGCUGAUGGCCAACACCAAAGUGCUGAAAGCGAAUUACAACACUCUAUCACUUACCUGAAGGAGAAAUAUUGGAAAAAUGUCAAAAUAAAUAACGACUACAGUUUUUUUCGACCAUCGCCCAGAACUUUGGAGCGGAAGCAGAUUUUGAGCGUAACUACUGCUUCACCGGAUAAUAACGACUAUCCGAACGACUCACCGCUUCUGGCCAUUGAUGGAGACUCGUUCGCUUCGUCAGAUACUGCUAAUGAAGCUACUAGUUGGAUGGAUCAUAGUGAGAAAAAAUCUGGUCUAAUUAACGGCAAAACGAACCGUGGAAACAAUGCGGAGGAAAAAUUUAAUUACGAACUACGAAAACAAUCGUUCGAUUUACUUUCCACGGAGACCUUUCAGAAUGAUGGUCCUGCUCCUGAUGGGAAAAGUGACGACGAGGUUAUAAAUAUCCUUAAUGAUACGCCGACAAUGAGUUUCGAGCCAAACGAAGCGGAUGCAUCGUCUACAAUCAUAUUCAACGGUGAUCUGGACUCGGACUCGGACUCGGACGGUUCACUGAAUUGGGUUUCGGAUUCUGCGGACUCUACCAAUGACGGCAGUGACAACAAUGGCGAUGGUUCCGAUAUGGGCGAAAUUUUCCGGAUGGAGGAUAUAGACUUGAGUGAGCUGGAUGAAACCAGUCGGAAUAAUAGGCGCAAUCUGAUGAAGGGGCGAGAUGUGGUGACAAAGUUCCUUCAAAUCGUUGAGAGUCAACAUCUGUUGGGGUCCAAUUGUACAGCUGGGACCGCACUCAACCUCGGCGAAGGGGUCGUCGACCGCUAUGCUCAGGAUCGGUUUCGCGUCGAAGCGGAAAUUGCCGUCAACAGAGCCAACAUGCUGACGAGGAUCUUCAAGUUUGCGUCACCCGAGGUCCAGGCGUCGGAACAUCUUCUCCACGCUUCCGUCCUGUCAAUGGUUGAGUUUGACGAUGACAUCUUCGCCGCCGGAAAUUGCUUCGACUGGAACCAGCACUCGGCGAAGAAGGGUUUAUUCUGUCCCUUCGCCUACCGGUUGCCACCCCCUGACCAGGGAGCUUCCCUCGCGAAGGAUCUCGCCGCCGAAUAUCACUACUUGGGGAAUACGUCAGAAUGGUUUUUUCUCGCGCGAAAGAACGCAGAAAAAGUCAUCGCACGGAACGAGCAGUAUAUUAAGUCGUUCCACAUCUACACGAAUAACUCCGUUCGUCAGUCGGACGAGAUCCUGUCGGUGAAAUACGAGGAUGGCCGAUGGUCCAAACCAUAUUACGACUGCGGAGGCGGAAAUAUUUGGAUGCUGACAUACACGGUGCCUUUUUUCGGCUACGAGAACGGAACUUACUUUUUCAAAGGAACAUCCGGCAUAGAUAUUGAUUUACGACGCGUGGAUAUUGAUCAAUGUCCGCAAAAAAGUUCUCCAUCUGGUGCUCCGCAGCCGCUCAACAUUUUCGCCGGAACGGACAAGUGUAAGCCGCGUACGACAGAGUGUGUUCCGAUACCAGGACUGGGAUUCCGUCGAGGUUCGUAUCGGUGCGUGUGCCGGAAAGGAUACUACUUUCCUGAUACCAGCAUCGAGCAGAAGUGGUUCAACGGUACUACUCUCGAGGAGGAGUAUGAAAAAUUGAUGCAGAGCGAAUACAGCACGUACCACGAUGCAUUGUCUUAUCAGUGCCUGCCCUGUGCCGAAGGGUGCGAUUCCUGUCUGGAUGCUUCUCCGUGCGUAGCGGCCCUUAACUGGACGAUGCGAACUGGGAUUUUGGUGCUAGCGUGCGCUGUAAUUGGACUGCUUCCGCCGGCGGCAGUGUUCACUUUCCGCUACCAACAAGUUAAGGUGGUACGAGCUGCAAGCCCUGCUUUACUUCGUGUCAUAGCACUUGGAGCAUUUUGUAUAUAUUGCACGUCCAUCGUGAUGUAUCCACCCCCAUCGUUAUACACCUGCACUGCUCGAGUAUGGCUGCGAGAAAUUGGAUUCUCGCUCACGUAUGGUGCCCUGAUGCUGAAGACGUGGCGCAUAUCAGUCAUCUUCCGCGUGCGUUCGGCGAAAGCGGUGAAAAUCACCGAUGCAUACCUGUUGAAGCGGCUGGGACUUCUGUGCGGUUUCGUAGGAAUCGCCUUGCUCGUUAGGACACUCGUUGCUCCACCGGUAGUCAUAGUGGGACGCACCGCAGACAACCUCAAAGCCUUUCUCUGCAAGACUGACUGGUGGGAUCACACGUUCACAUCCAUGGAAGUCCUGUUCCUGGCGUGGGGCGUUCGGUUGUGCAUCAUGGUUCGAAAGGCGCCCUCGGAGUUCAACGAAAGUCGAUUUAUUUCGAUGGCAAUCUACAACGAAUUCCUUCUGACGUGUUUUCUCAAUGUGUCGAUGUUGUUCCUGCAGUCGCCCGCUAAUCCAGAUUUAUUGUACAUAAUAUUUUUCUGCCACACUCAACUCACCGUUACCUUGCUGCUGGGGCUGAUAUUCGGUAGUAAGGUCUAUCUCGUAUUCCGGGGAGGAGGGAAGCACCAAGACGAUUCAACUGGUCUCGGCAUUAAGCCAUCUGGUGCAAAAUUCAUUAGUCGUUCCCACGGGCGCACGUUCGCUAAUGCCAGCAGCGUGACAACGUCUACCGCACAGCUAGGAGCCAAUAUAGCAAACGACAGCCGUCUAACAGAUGAGGAAGCAAUCGAGGAGAUCAAACAGCUGCACAUUCAACUUCAGCACCUGUACGAGCGGAUACCGCAAAGAGGAAUAGCCAUUACUACCAUUACCUGUCUGAUAGACAUCUGUAAGAACUCAUCACUGAAACCUCCUCCUACGAUAGGAGGGGUUAAAGCAAUCAUGGCUGCUCCUGAUAAAACUAGUCAAACGCACAUAGACAAGAGCACCAACACUAUCACCCUUCCCAAUGGCACCUACAGCAGCGAAGGAUUUAAUCAUCCCGACGCGAGGAUCAUGAUCACCGAUGAUUACGAUCACUCCAAUCGUUCGAUAGAUAAUAGCAAGUUUAAUUUGGAUAGUCUUCAACUGAAGUGCAUGUGCAGUGAAGCAGAGGUGGAAGAUGAGGCUGAGCCAAAGUGUGAAUGUCACCGCAGUGAAGGAGGACUGGUGCAUUCCUGUUACAAUACCGUUAGUAGUUUUAAGCAUAGCGAUUGCUGUGAUAGUGGAAGGGCGAUAUUAGUCAAGCAGAACUCGGAACUGGUGUUAAGUAGUAGUGGAUGUUGUUCUGGAGCUAGUCAACACGGUUCCGGUACCCAUCCAGCCAACACUUGUAGUAGUAAGUUUAGUGAAUUGAGUGCGAAAAAUUUCGAAUCUUGUGAUAAUCUGUUGCAUCAACAGCAAAAACGAAAACAAACUUCAAGUGGUGAUAGCAUAGAUAAUCAUUCCAGUAGACGGCCAAAUUACAGUGGGUCCUGCUUAGUAACGACCACCUCUUCUCUUAGUGUGGAUGAAAAGAACUUUAGAAACUUAAAUCAAGAGAACUUCAAUAAACUGUACGCCAAUCACAACAACAAAAUAGAUAGUUUAAAGGAAAACUUUCUCAUGCGAACGGCACUAACUACGGCGCUUCACAAUUUGGAAAACGAAAACCGCUCGCGUAGUCAUAAACUAAAUGCGGAAUCAGUUCAAUUUCCAUCGACAGUUGGUGGUAUCCAACGGAUAUCACCUUCAUGCUCCAACAGACCGACCACCAUCACUUCCAACACGACAGCUUCAACGGCUUCAACCAACAAAUUUCACAACACAUCGACGAUUUCAACACCAACUCCGUCUUGCAGUUCCUCAGCAACUUCCGUCAUAACCACCACUGCUUCCUCCGGUGGAAAUAUGACCGCGACCGGUUCCGUAUCUGCAGCAAGUGGGACCGCCAAUGUGGCAGAAGUUACCACUUCAACUGCACCGGCUUCAACCCCCCACGAUGCGAACGGAACUGCCAGUCAACAAUCAAAGAAGAAGAAAUCACCCGAGAAAAGGUUAGUCAUCGAUCUGAACGAUAGGUCGAAGUACACCGAAGAAGUUUCCGUGUGAGACUUCUAGGUCCAGUGUUCAAGGCACGUCAAGAAUGAUUAGAAUACGUAACGUUGCUGAGUCGGGAGCGUUAGGAAUAAAGAAAUAAAAAUCGGAUUACCAUAUUGCAACCUAUGACAGCAUCACUAUACAGGUUAUAACUGUAAAAACGAAAUUGUUUUAGACACAACUGGACAUGCCACUACAAAAUGAACGCAACACACACUCAAUGCAGCGAGAAGGAUGCUUUGACAUCGCUGACCAAACAACCAGAAGUGUAGAACGUGGAAAAAAAAGCCGGGAAAAUUAAUUGCAGCCUUUUCCGACAUCCGCGAGCGUGAUUUUGGGCUACCACAACGAAAGAGAAAUUGAUUUAAUUUGUACAGUUUCGCGUAUCUUUUUUCCGACUCAGUUGACUAUUUAGUGAAUUGAAUUUUGCUUAAGUACCUUUUUCGGUUGGUUUUGUUCCUUGGGAUAAUUGUGGUUCCAUAAAAAAAAUCGGCGAAAUGAAUGGCGACGAUGAUGGUAAUGAUGACCACCGAGCUCAUUUGACGAUGGAAUCGUAACGGGAAACGACAUUGAAUGGAGCAUAGAAAUUAAAUGACCUUUUCUGUGGGGAAAAUCCUCGAGUUGCUGCUCUUUGGUUUCUAUUUUUGGUUUCGAUAUAUUUAUUGGAGAGCCUGAUUAGAACUGGGACUCUGGAAACGUACGACCGAGAGAGCCCCUCGGUUGCACACAAGCCAUCGAGGUUCAGUUUCUUUGUUCGAAGCUAGGUCGGAAAGUGGUUUCAAUCGUGUGAUUCCUCUGGAAAGAGGGGCAUGAAAACGUUGUCUAACAAAUUCAACUUAUUAAUGAUUGGUAAUCAAGAAAAAGCUGCAAAUAUUGACUGGUGCGCUAAAAUGAUGGGAUUCAUGGAAGACCAUGAGCAUGAGCAUGGAUGACAGCUUCACAGUUACACUCCGUGUUAUAUCAGAAUAAGUUGCACAAAAAUAUGAUGAAUGGGGCAUGGGAUCCGCUCACUAUUCUCAAUGCGCACUGAUCGGGAGUCAAAGUCUAAAAGGUGAUUCAAAAGAGGUCAUCGGGGAUUGAGAGAAUGUUUGUUAAACAAACGUUGUUACUAGAGACCGAAUAUACCUCUGCAUCUCCACAGUUGUCAUGCAAAGGAUAUUGAGCUCGUGAUAUAAGGUGGUGGUACUUAUUAUGCGAUCCAUGAUUUAAUCACGCUUAAUCGGAUUACCGAUAUUACCUUACAUUUUCAUCGUUCUUCCCCAUAUGGGCAAGCGACACAAUCGAUGGAACAAAUACCACUCUCUUUUGUGGAAU